UUGGACAGGGCGGUUGGUCAAAACUUGGGUCCGUCGCAUUUUGUAAUUUAAGUUAAACCAAAGGCCACCAUCAACAUCUGGUGAGGACAUAUUGGUUUCUAACAUACCCAAGACGCUCCUGACUCACGAUGGGUAUAUGUAUUGAAGUCUGGAGAGUGCGAAUCGGCACUUUCACCCACCCUCGAGGUACGAGACAGGUCGGCCAUAUUGGUGAUUACAACCCCAGGACGGAAUGGACACCGUUUACAAAGAUGUGCUACCGGCUCAUGGCAACAUGUCUGGUCCUUUACACAAUGACUAUGGUGAGUGCUGCAAUCAUUCAUCAACAUACUCGUUUGCUUCUCUCAGUGGAUGUGGAAUUAAACCCGGGGCCCCCAAAGGUUGACUUCCAAACAUGUAAAGAUGAGAUUUUACAAGAGCUGCGGGCAAUGAAGUGUGAACUUUCUAGGGAUAGCCGUGAUAUAAAGUCUGACACACGUAAAUUGAAUCAGUCCGUGGAUGAACUCAAACUACAAAUAGCAGAUAUGAAAAGCCAACAGGAAAUACUACGGCUGGACAUAGAUGCAUUAUCUGAACGUGUCGCUUGUGUUGAGGAGCAUAGUUCUACUUUAGACAGGUCAGCAUAUAGUUAUGUUACCGAUAAGAUUGACAACCUUGAGAAUACUGUGGAUAAACUAGAACAGUACAGCCGGAAGCAGAAUAUACUGCUGUAUGGUGUCGCUGAGAAACCUGAUGAAAAUAAAAUGAACAUAAAGGAAGUUAUUUGCGAAACAUUGAACACCCAUAAUGAAGGUACUCCAUUUUCAGCAACUGACAUUGUGAACGCCCAUAGGAUUGGCUAUGCAAAGUCUAAUCGCCCGAGACCUAUUAUAGUUCGAUUCAAUUCUAUGGACUGCAAAGUGGGAGCAAUAGGCCUGCGCGAUAAACUGAAGGAGAGUGGAUAUGGUAUAGGCAGUGAUCUCACCACACACCAGAGGAAAGUACUCCAGGAUUUGAGACGUAACAACAAGCAAGGCUACUACAAGAAUGGUGCCCUUGUAGUUAAGGAUUACCAACAGCAUUCAGAUAGGCAGGACACAGAUACUAAUGAUAAAUAGAGGUGUGGCCGAGGCCCGGAUUAUCGCUGUGUUACUAAAUCAAUUUCAGAUUUCUUGUUCUGGAACAUUUCCGGUAUUACUAAUAAACUUUUAGACGAUGAAUUUGUUUCAUAUAUCACACAGUUUGACUUUAUUGGACUCACAGAAACAUGGGCCAAGGACUGUGAUUUUGAUCAACAGCUCGGUGAUUACCAGCCAUAUGUUUUGUCUGCAGAGAGAUUGUCAUCUUUUGGGAGAUUA